UUAUUAUAUCACGUUUAUUGCUGAAUUUCAAAUUUUUUGGCGAGCCGAUUCUUGAGCGCAAGAAAAUUCUUCAACUUUAUCAUUUAAUUUUUCAUAUCUUUGGAUGCAAAUUAACUGUAAAAUGGCACUUACACCAAAAGUACACCAAACCGUAGAUGAGUUAGUCGCUGGUAUCAAAAUCAUUUAUGAAUCGGAGGAUGUAAAUGUGGACUUGUAUAUGUCAUUGCAGAACAAAGUGUAUACCAUGUUCAAGGAAAACAUUACUUGGGAGGUAGAUGAUGUCAAUGCCAGCAGUAAAUUCGCUGCGUUUUGUCGUGAAAUUUUUUUAGCAGUCAUCACAUUUUUACAUAAUUAUGUACGUGAUAUAUAUGAUAUCAACUACGUUAUUAAGACUGAUGAAGAGUACCUUGUACAAUAUACUAAGGAAGCGAACAAAUACAAACAAAGUAGUAAGGUACUGGGAGCUAUUUGCACCCCUGUGCAUUUCUAUUGGAUAAACAAUGUCGAAAAGCUGGUUAAAAAGAAACCAUUGGAUUUUUAUAAAUCAGCAAUGGAAAUUUGGGAACUCCGCAUUUUAAAAAGUUCUCUUCCCAUUCUUAAUAGAUCGGUUUUCAAUUUAUUGGCAAUGGACCGUUCUGGUAACAAAAUAGAUAAAAGCUUUUUACGAAACGCAAUUCUUAAUUUUACUGAACAAAGUAUGGGAGAGAAAAAUCCAUUGAACUUACCUUGUACAAACCGGUAUGAGAAACAAUUCAUUAAUGAUUUGUUAGACAAAACAAUGGAUUUCUAUACAAAAGACUCCGAUGAAAACUAUGAGAAGCUUGGUUUGCUGGAGUAUACAAAGUAUGUUGCAAAUCGCAUCAAAGAGGAAAUUACUCGUAUGCUCGAACUAAAAUUACCAACAACUUGGAACAUUAUUGAGUCAAUUAAUGAAGUCUGUGAAAACGCAUUAAUUGAAAGUAAAAUUGCGCUUAUUUCGAAAACAUUUAUAGAGUUGCUACAAAGUGGUAAUGCUGAACAUGCUACAGAGAUAUAUAAGUUUCUGAAGAAGUUCAGUUUCCAUUUAGAUGCAGUUAAUAUCUGGAAGCAACACAUUAUAUCCGAAGGCUAUAGUGCUAUAAUAAAUUGCAAUUUUGAGAAGAAACCUGUACCUAAUUAUGCAGAUGCCAUCGCUGAAGUUGUGAAGAAGUAUAAGAAUUUGGUUACAAAACAUUUUCCUACAAAUCGAAGGUUGCUACUUGCUAUUACCAUUGCUAGUAAGAAAUUCUUUAGUCCAAACAUUUUCAAGAUAACAGAAUGUGAAAAUCCAGAAUUGAUUUCUUUUAACGAAUACCGCAAAUGCUUGGUAGAGAUACACAAGUUAAAUGAUCCAUUAAAAACUGAAAACCAAGUUGAAACUAAGUAUUGAAUUUACUACUUUAUUUUAUAAUUUG